ACCAACGGCGGCAACAUUAACUUUUCUACUCCAAUUCUAGAAGAAAUCCAAUCUGAUUUGAAUAACAGAAACCAUAAAAAUGGAAAUUUCUGGCGGUAUUAUUUGACGAUUAUUUCUAACUUGUGAAAAAAGAAACUGUUAGUUCGUCGUCGUCGAUCAACUUAGAAAGAGAAGGAGAAAGUAAGAAAAUGGUGUUAUGGGAGAUUACUUUAGCGACUGCAUAUUUCUUGGGUUUGAGACGAACUUAUAGACUUGCUUUGAAGAUUCAACGUCGGCUUAUUCCCAAGAAACACCUUAAAAUUCGCCAUUUUGCUCAGAGACGAACACGUGCUGUGUUUGAUGUAGCGCUUAGGGUUCAUCGAAACAUUCAAGAAAGGGAUAUAGAAGUAGGUCGAAAUCUCGGUAACUGGAUCCUCAGAUGGCUAGACAAGGUAAAACCAUCAGCCAACAUUCGUGGUGACAACCAAGAGAAGCUUCUUCCUCCAAAAAACCACAACUACAACAGUAGUAUGUCUAAGCAGACAAACUCUAACCAGAAAAACAAUGACAACAUCCAAAGAUUCAGCUCAAACAACUUUAAGAAGGGUUCUGACAGGAAUUUGUUUUCUGCGGUGAAACCUACAUGGCCGACAUCUUUCCCCUCGAUCACAAUGAUGAUGCGGCAUCCAAAGCCUGUUGGGAAUACCACCCAGUACAGGCAACUGUGCUAUAGUGGGCCUCAACUGUUGACACCAAGCUACCGAAAUUUGGGACUUGGAAGGGUCAUCAGAGAGGAUAUCAGGCUGUGGAUGCAGCAGAAUUAGUCUACUAAACUCAGUUUUUUUGCCGCCUGAUUGCUGUUGAGCAUCGGACUGAUGGCUGUUGUACAUCGUGAGGUAAGUGUCAGAAACAGAUAGAAACGAAGCUUUGUCGGGCUUUCUACAUUCUCUGUAGUGAAUAAUGUUUCAGCUGACGUUUUUGUUUUACUGUAAAUAAGUGGGGGAUUUUUAGCAUCAAUUUGAUUCAUUUUCCUCGAAUUUGUAAUGUUGAUGUCAAAAUUUAUGCAACCACAGCUGAAUCUUUGCAUGUCCCCCAAGCAAAGAGAAGCACAUAGUUUUGUAACGGUGGUCCUUGGCUCCAUGGUUCUCAUUUUUAUGAAAUGUGAAAAAUCAAAAAUGUAAUUAUUAAAGUGUCUUGUUUUCUUUUUAUUAAAGAAAUUGCAUGUAACUGGCAUAUUUUUGGUCCAAAAUAGUUUAUCAGGUUGA